UUUAAAAAACAGAGAGGCCGGAGUGCAUUUUUUUCCACUCUGGCUCGAUCUGAGUAACUGAAACUGGGGAGUUAUUUAGCUACUGACUUGACUGUGUUUUGGAGAGCAUUUCUGAUUCAUUGUACCAUCAUCAUCAAGGAGAAGAAGCUUCAUUUUCUGCAAAAUGGAUCCGUCGCCAUUGUUGUUUAGCCACCUCAAGGGUGCAGAACCGUUCUUCCUGCUCGCGGGUCCCAAUGUGAUUGAAUCAGAGGAGCACAUUAUGAGGAUGGCUAAGAACAUAAAGAGUAUUGCAUCUGAAGUUGGAAUACCGUUGGUUUUCAAGUCAAGCUUUGACAAAGCUAACCGAACAUCAUCAAAAUCAUUUCGUGGCCCAGGGAUGGCCGAGGGAUUGAAGAUACUAGAGAAGGUUAAAAUAGCCUAUGACAUCCCUAUAGUGACAGAUGUUCAUGAGACCAUCCAGUGUGAAGCAGUUGGCAGAGUUGCAGAUAUCAUUCAGAUUCCAGCAUUCUUGUGUCGCCAAACAGAUCUUCUAGUUGCAGCAGCCAAAACUGGGAAAAUUAUCAACAUUAAGAAGGGCCAGUUCUGCGCUCCUUCUGUCAUGUCGAAUUCAGCUGAAAAGGUUCGAUUAGCUGGAAAUCCUAAUGUAAUGGUUUGUGAGAGGGGAACAAUGUUUGGAUACAAUGAUUUGAUUGUUGAUCCACGUAACUUGGAGUGGAUGAGAGAAGCCAAUUGUCCCAUUGUAGCGGAUAUAACACACUCACUACAACAACCUGCUGGAAAGAAGUUGGAUGGGGGUGGUGUUGCAAGUGGAGGUCUUCGAGAACUAAUACCUUGCAUUGCAAGGACAGCAGUUGCCGUUGGAGUGGAUGGUAUCUUCAUGGAGGUGCAUGAUGAUCCGCUGAAUGCACCUGUGGAUGGUCCGACACAGUGGCCUCUGCGCCACUUGAAGGAGCUACUUGAAGAGCUUGUAGCAAUUGCUAGGGUAAGCAAAGGGAAGCAACGGUUCAACAUUGAUCUCACGCCAUUUCGUGAAUAAAAAGAAAUGGUGAUGAUUUUCAGUUAUUCUGAAUAUAAUGCAGUGAGCAUUGGUCUUUUACGAUUGUUCAAGGUUGAAUGCUAAACUGUCUCCUCUCACAAGAACCUUAUAAGUAGAAUUUAUCAUUAAAUAUUAUUUGAUGAUCCUUGCUUGUUACUCUGAAUUGGUAAUUUACCAACUAAUGUUUGUCACAUAACCUGUCUAGCCUUAAUCAUGUCAGUUAUUAAAGUUGGCAAUUAAUUGAAUAUCAAAA